GCAAUAUAGCGCCGCCAUGGACAGGAAGGUCAAGUUCCACGUCGAGAAGUUCCUCCGUGAGAAUGCAGAUUCCGGCUUGAUCAUCACCGAGUCGACCGUCGUCCAGUACCUUGUGUCGACGUACCCAGAAUACUCAAGAAAGCCUGCGGGCCCGUUGCGCAAAUUGGUCAGCAAGUUCCUUCCCAAACCCAAAGCCGACGGGAAGCGACCUCGUUCGGAAUCGUCGGACGAGGACGAAAAGCAGGCCCAACAGAUGGAGAGUGCGGCGCCACCACCAACCAACCUCCUCAACAACAUCAUUCGAAAGAGCUAUGCGGCUACUGCACCUGCCGAAAGCAAACCAGAGAAGUCCACCGACGUCGCUGCCGCCGACGAAAAGCCGAAGAAAGUGAAACGAGUCCGUGCCGAAACCCCUUCGCCGCCGUCCACGUCUGACUUUGUGGUGACACGUCCCACCACGCGAUACACGGACUUUGGCGGCAUCAAUUCAAUCCUGAAGGAAGUCCAGGAACUGAUCGAGUAUCCGCUGACGCACCCCGAAAUCUAUACGCAUUUGGGCGUCGAGCCUCCGCGCGGCAUCCUGCUCCACGGCCCGCCGGGGACGGGCAAGACCAUGCUGGCCAAUGCCAUUGCCGGGGAAUCUGGUGCUUGCUUCCUCAAGGUCAGCGCGCCUGAGAUUGUGUCGGGCAUGUCGGGCGAGUCGGAGCAAAAGGUCCGCGAAUUGUUUGAACAAGCGAUUGCAAACGCGCCGUCCAUCAUUUUUAUCGACGAAAUCGACGCGAUCACGCCGAAGCGAGAAAACUCGUCGCGGGGAAUGGAGAAGCGCAUUGUUGCGCAGCUCUUGACGUCGACGGACACGCUCAGCUUGGAAAACACGGGAGGCAAGCCCGUGCUCAUCAUCGGUGCAACCAACCGGCCGAACGAUCUCGAUCCAGCUCUCCGUCGCGCGGGCCGUUUCGACCGGGAGAUCUGCCUCGGAAUUCCUGACGAACCGUCUCGCGAGCGCAUCCUUCGGGUACUUGCAUCCAAGAUGCGUUUGUCUGGGGAUAUGGACUUCAAGGACCUCGCGCGGCGCACGCCGGGAUUUGUCGGCGCCGACUUGGUCAGUUUGACCAAAGAAGCCGCUGUCUUAGCUGUGAACCGCGUGUUCUCGACGCUGCUUGCGACGCCAGCACCAGCAACACCCCAUGGAGUAGACUUUGGCGACGAUACCGGUGCGAAUGAGGCCGACAAGCGCACCGUGAACGACGAAAUCCGCAGCGUCGCACCGUUCACUGCCGAGCAAAUGGAACCGCUUCGAGUCGACAUGUCCGAUUUUCUCAACGCAUUGCCCAAAGUCCAGCCCAGCUCCAAGCGCGAAGGAUUUGCCACAAUUCCAGACGUGUCUUGGAGCGACGUUGGGGCGUUGGUGCAAGUAAGGGCAGAACUCGUGCUGUCGAUAUUGCAUCCACUCCAGCACCCCGAACGAUUCACUGCCCUGGGGCUGAAAAUGCCGGCCGGUGUGUUGCUGUACGGUCCUCCUGGGUGUGGUAAGACGUUGUUGGCAAAAGCGAUCGCCAACGAAAGUGGGGCCAACUUUAUCUCGAUCAAGGGCCCAGAGUUGCUCGACAAGUACGUCGGUGAAUCCGAACGCGCGGUUCGCCAAGUCUUUGAACGCGCUCGUGCGAGUUCUCCGUGCAUUGUAUUUUUUGACGAACUGGACGCGCUGUGUCCCCGCCGAGGCAUGAGCGAUGGCGGAAACGGUGUAAGCGAACGAGUUGUGAACCAGCUCCUCACGGAAAUGGACGGUUUGGACGCUCGCAAGAAUGUGGUCGUGAUUGCCGCCACCAAUCGGCCUGAUAUCAUCGACCCCGCGAUGUUGCGCCCUGGGCGCUUGGACAAGCUCUUGUACGUGCCGCUGCCGACCGCGACCGAUCGUUACCACAUUCUGAAAACACUCGCGGCCAAGUGCUCGUUGGACCCGUCGUUGGAUCUGGAAAAGGUCGCACACGACCCGCGCUGUGACAGCUUUAGCGGCGCCGAUCUCAGCGCGCUCGUCCGAGAAGCCGGCGUCUCGGUGCUCCGCGAGUCGACAGUACAUACGACGGAGCUCAAGAUCCUUGCAAAGCACUUCGAACAAGCCUUCCAGACCGUGUUUCCAUCAGUGUCCAAGGCAGAUCAAAAGAUCUUUGAAAAGAUGAAGCAGAACCUGCGCAAGUCGCGCGUGACGCUGACCAACCAGGAUGGCGAUGCCAAAGAUACAGAGGCAGCACAACCUUCCGCAGCUCAAGGGGAUCUCCCGCCGACCCAAGCCAAGUAAUUUGAAUUCUAGCCGUGUUUCGAAUGAAUCGUUUGUGUCGUGGUCGUUGGUUCGUGUUGCCCUUCCGAGGUGGAGAGAUUAUUUUAACCAAUCAAACGCAC